AUGAAGUUUUCCAUCAUCAGCGGUGCCUCCACGCUCUACUGCAUCUUAGCGCCAGUGCAAGCUUUUGCUAUAUUACCAGCUCCAUUACCAGUGCCUGACCCGGACCGAGAAUUCAGAUUCCACUGCCCAAAUGGUCCCAUAUACUCAAAAGCUCAAGUCACGGAAAAGGCUCUGACGGCCAGAGCAAUUAUGCAAUUCAAUAGAAUAGAUGAUGACUUUCCUAAUGUAUUCACUAGUCUUAACUACAACAUUCCCGGAGAACUAUGGUAUUAUCCUAUGGCAGAGGGUCCAGGUCCACAUGACUUCGUUAUAUUCAAUACACAAACUCGAAUAGUGGGCGCAGUUAGUCGCACUCAUCAUGGAAAUGGCCCCGAUAUCAUUGAACCUUGUCAAUUCGCGUAA